AAAUGACAAAAGAAAGAAAGCGAGCUGAGGGCCGAGUUAUUUAUUGUGGCGAGUGUUCGUUACUUCACAUAUAUGAAAUGUUUUUUCAAGGCUUUAAAAGUGACUAAGACUUCGUAAAAGGCGAGGUGGGACGGAAAGCGUUAUCCAGCCACAACUGCACUUCCUUAGUUCAGCCAGCCGCAAUUGGUGCCACAUCAUUACGACUGGAGACACAAUCUCCGCAGCUGCGGGGGUGUAGCGGCCGCCAGCGCAGCCUGCCUGCUUCUGUAUAUGAGAUGAAACCAGAAUGGUCGUUAUUAAAGAAAAAAACCUGAAUAAGGAAUUCUGCAUGCCUAAUAAGGGUGUUCUUGACCUGAGCUCUACAGGAAGGCAAGAGGAGACCUCUGAAAUUGUCAGCCUUGCACAGGAGAAAGCUACUGUAAAGGACAGUGACUUGUCUUUGCUCAGAAGCAUGGAAAUGAGACCUAACCGCCUUAAAAUGGAAACUGGCAAUUUGAAGUCUGUCCACUGCAAAAAGAAUCAGAGUAAAUUUAAAUUGCCUCCGUUGAAACAUGAGGCUACUGACACGCAGUGUGUCAGUAUGAAGGAGGAGGAGGAUUGCGAGCUAGAUAUUGUUGAAAUGGAAGCAGAUGACAAUGAGGUGCAGCCGGUCUCUGUAAAAGAAGAAGACUGCGAGCUCAAAAUUGUUCAAGUGGAUCAAGACUCUGAUGAUGAAGCUAUAUACAUGAAACAGGAAGACUGUGAGCUAAAUAUCAUCCAAGUAGAACAAGACUCUGAUGAAGAAUCUGUAUAUCUGAAACAGGAAGACUGUGAUCAAGAGUCUGCUUAUUUUAGUACAGCCAGUCGUGUAAGAUACUCCAUAAAUAUGCAAGGAGAGACGACUGAGAUGGGUGCAGAUGUGGAGUCGCAUGAACUUGAUACACUAGAUUGGGAUGAUGGGAGGUCUGAAGAUGACUCUUCUGGGCUAAGAUAUGAGGAAGAAGCAUCGUGCAGUACAGUUAUGAUGAACAGGAAUAUUCCAAGAAACUCCAACAUGACGUUUGGCCAAAUUGAUGGCAUAGUGCGGGAACCAGAAAUAAUAGACCCUUCCCAGGAAGUUGUCUGUGAAAAGUAUAGUUGUGGUGUAUGUGGGAGAACAUUUACACGAAAAGGUAACCUUCAGCACCAUGAGAAACUUCAUACUGGAGAGAAACCAUAUGGUUGUGAAGAAUGUGGGAAGAGUUUUGCUGAUAAAUGUCGCCUACUUAUACACCAGAGAAUUCACAGUGUAGAAAAACCUUACGCUUGUCCUGAUUGUGGGAAGGCAUUUACACAAAAGCAACAUCUGCAGUUUCAUCAGAAAAUUCACACUAUUGCAUUAUGCUGUACCAAGUGUGGGAAGAAGUUCCCUGACAAACACAGUCUUCAGGUACACCGAAAACUUCAUACUGAAGAUUUUAUCUAUGCUUGCACAGACUGUGGAAAAAUGUUUGCAAAAGAAACACACUUGGAAGUGCAUCGACGAAUUCACACAGGGGAGAAACCGUAUUGUUGUCCUCAGUGUGACAAGCGGUUCAAAGAUAAGCAUUGUCUCCAGCAACAUGUUAAGAAUCAUAAUAGAGAUAAGCUGUAUGGUUGUUCUUUGUGUGGGAAAAAGUUUACUUCAAAACGUAAUCAUCAACAGCAUCAGUGGAUUCACACUGGAGAGAAACCAUAUCAAUGCCCUGAAUGUGGAAAGGGCUUCAGCAAAAAAUGCUAUCUUCAGCAGCACCAGUGGAUUCACACCGGGAAGAAACAGUACUGCUGUAACGAAUGUGGGAAGACAUUUGCGAAAAAAGAUAGCCUUCAAAUACAUCAACGAGUUCACACUGGAGAAAAGCCUUACUGUUGUUCAGAGUGUGGGAAGAGGUUCACUGACAAAUGCAUACUCCAAGAGCACCAAAGAAUUCAUACUGGGGAAAAGCCAUACUGUUGUACUCAGUGUGAUAAAAAGUUUACAUCAAAGCGUAAUCUUAAACGGCAUCAGUGGGUUCAUACUGGUGAGAAACCAUACUGGUGUACAGAAUGUUGGAAGGGGUUCAGUAAAAAAGAAUGCUUUCAGAUACACCAGAGGAUUCACACUGGAGAAAAGCCAUUUUGUUGCAAUGAGUGUGGAAAAAAAUUCACAUCAAAUAGUAAUCUUAAACAACACCAAUGGAUACACAUGGUGGAUAAACCAUACACAUGUGCAGAAUGUGGGAAAGGAUUCAUCAAAAGAUGUUACCUUAAGCAGCACCAAUGGGUCCACAGGAGAAAAAAUGUAUACUGCUGCAUAGACUGUGGAAAUAAUUUUAUCGAAAAACGUGGUGCUCAGCGACAUGAAGAAGGUCAAAGUACUGAAAAGCCACGUCGCUGCAAUAAAUGUAAGAAUAUGGCUUCUGACCCAGUCUUAAAGGGCAGUACUGAUGUGAAGCCUGCAACAAACCAUUCUCUAGAAAUGCAGAAAAAAAUAAAGCGAAGUCCUAAAUCUGAAACUCCUUAGCAACUGUAAUAUAAGGUCAUUUUUCAUUAUAAGUCCUUUCAUUUUAGUCAAGGAUUCUGUAACCAUACUUCCCUAAUAAUCUGCAAUUUUCAGAGCACAUUUAUGCAGAACAUAACCUGCUAUUUGCAAACUCAAUGAGUCGUCGUAUACAGUGGGUGUAUAAAAAAGAAUCACCCCCUUAAUAUAUUCUUUUUUUGCUUUACAGCCUUAAAUGUAAACAUACAAACCAAUAUUUUUCCAGCUUUACUUACUCAAUGCAAAGUGAAAAAUAUCACACAGCUUCAGUUCAGAAGAAUUUAAAAAAAUAACAAAUACUGAAUAAAGGAUCACCCCCCUCCCAAACAAUAUUUUUAAACUCAAAUCGGGUGUAAGUAACCACCAUUUCUAUUGCAGACCAUGGUUACUGGCUUCCACCUGUGAUCAGUUGUAAUCUGUGUGAUUAAUGAAGCAUUAAAACAGCUGUUCCUGGAGCAUUGCCUUGCUUGGUAGCGCAACUGACAGCAAGUAACUGACAAUGGGUGGCAAGUCACUUUCAAAAGAUCUCCGGGAUAGACUUGUGGACAGACAUAAGGCAGGAGAUGGAUACAAAAAAAUCUCAAAAGGCUUUAUCAAUCCCAAGGAGCACAGUGCAGUCCAUAAUAAAGAAGUGGCAAGUGUUUGAUACUACUAGGACCCUCCCUGGAUCUGGCCGUCCCUCCAAACUGGAUGGAAGAGCAAGGAGGAAACUGGUAAGAGAGGCUACCAAGAGGCCAAUGGCCACUUUGAAGGAGUUACAGGAUUUUAUGGCAAAGAGUGGUCAUUGUGUGCAUGUGACAACAAUUUCACAAGCGCUCCACAAUUGUGGCUUGUUCGGGAGGGUAGCAAGGAAAAAGCCACUUCUCAAGAAAGGCCACAUUAAGGCUCGUUUGAGCUUUGCCAGAAUGUACCUUGAAGAUUCUGAUGCCAAGUGGAAAAUGGACCAAAAUCAAACUAUUUGGCCUCAAUACCAAACAGUACACCUGGUGGAAAUCCAAUGCAGCUCACCAUCCACAACACACCAUACCUACAGUAAAGCGUGGAGGUGGCAGUAUCAUGUUGUGGGGGUGUUUCUAUGUCACAGGGCUUGGGGAUGUCGUCAGGGUAGAAGGAAAAAUGGAUGGGGCAAAUUAGUCAAAUUCUUGAGGAAAACCUGCUACUCUGUGCCAGAAAGUUGAAGAUGGACAGAAUGUUCACCUUUCAACACGUCAACGACCUGAAGAGCACAGCAAAACUGACCACACAGUGGUUGAAGGAGAAAAAAGUGAAUGACCCCAUGUGGCCCAGUCAGAGUCCAGACCUAAAUCUCAUUGAAUAUAUGUGGAAAGAUUUGAAGAUAGCAGUCCACCAACGCUCACCAUCCAAUUUGACCAAACUUGAACAGCACUGUAAAGAAGAGUGGGUAAAUAUUGUUCAAUCUAGAUGUGCAAAGUUGAUAGAGAAUUAUCCGAACAGACUCAAGGCUGUCAAUAAAGCAAAAGGUGGUUCAACAAAAUAUUGAAAUUGGGGGGGGAUCCUUUAUUAAUCUCAGUAGGUCUUGUUUUUGAUUUUUUUUAAUCUUUCUGAACUGUAGCUGUGAUAUCUUUCACUUGGAUGUUAUAGAUUGCAUUGAGUAAGUAAAGCUGGAAAAAAUAUUGAUUUGUAUGUUUUUCAUUUAAGGCUGUAAAGCAAAAAAAUGGGAAUAAUUCUAAGGGGGUGAUUCUUUUCUAUGCCCACUGUAUAUUCUGAUAUUAAGUGGUGCAUCUGUCCUUGUUGAAACUGGUCAUCACUUCAAGCAUACAUCCUUGUAUCAAAAAAAAAAAAAAAAACACACCACCAGGCAUUGUUAAAGUUUGGUCAACAUUUUACCAGAAAGAAAGUAAUAGAAAGAAGUGAGAUUUCUCAAUGACGAUGUAGCUUGUGCUAAAAUUAGUAAAGCACAAAUGUAUGUUUAACGUUUUUUUUUUUUUUUUCUCAUUGUUUUCAUUUUUGGAAAAGGAAGUAAAGCAAUUUUUUAUCCAUCUGAAUUUAAAAGCAAAGUAUUAGUUUCAUCAGUCAUGCUCCCUUUUUUUCAGUGUUUUUAAAGGCUGCAUUUUUUUUUUUUUUUUUUUUUUUUUUUUUUUUUUGAAAAAUGCAAGCCUGUUAGAAGUAAAAUAUUAAAUUUACUUGCAUUUGUUUAGGCAACAUAAUAGCUGAAAUACCACAGUGCUGACGGGAUAGGUUUCAGUCAGCCACUCACAACCCUUAAUUGUGUUAAACAGGGUUGAGAGUAACAUGUUGAUAGCUAAGAAGUAAAACUCCCAAGAACAUGAAAAUAAUGCAGUAGGUUAAAGUAACUUCAUUAUAGCAUUAUUGGUGAGGCAUAGUGCUUUCAUGUUUGCACCUAUUCGUUUCCUCUAGAGAGCUGUGAAUGCAACCUCCUUGUAGGCUGAUCUUGUACUAAAAAAGCAGUUUGAAAAAUAAAUGAUUAUAUUGAAAUUCAAGGCAGAUACCAGAAACACA